AUGUUACGCAGCAGCAGCAGAUGUCUGAGGGCAACUCUGCCAUACCCUCCCGGCGCCUCCACCAGAUGCAGACCCAGACCCAGACCCAGCACAUCAGAUCCCCUCCAGACAGCAUGGCAUGUGAAGAGGGUGUUUGCGACGACCCCGCGGCAUAGAAAGGACGAGGCGAGGAUAUCGUCCAAGGCGACGGCGAGUCCCACGUCCAAACAUGGCCCACUUCUCGCCGAGCAGACCGUGUCCAACAAGGAGCAGCGGAAGAUGGACUGGGCAAUCAUGAAGGACAUGGUCCAGUACCUCUGGCCCAAGAAUGACUUCAACACUCGCUUUCGCGUGAGCUUGAGUCUGGGGUUGUUGAUAGGCGCAAAGGUCUUGAAUGUGCAGGUUCCCUUUUACUUCAAGGAUAUUGUCGAUUCCAUGAAUAUUGAUUUCGCCGCCGUUGGUGGCACCGCCAUGACUGUUGCCGGGACCGCCAUCUUUGCUUACGGCGCCACGCGAAUCGGCGCCACUCUCGCGCAGGAAUUCCGCAACGCAAUCUUCGCCUCCGUCUCCCAAAAAGCCAUCCGUCAAGUCGCCGGCAACGUCUUCAAACACCUCCUCCGCCUGGACCUUCCCUUUCACCUCGCCCGCCAAACCGGUGGUCUCACCCGCGCCAUUGACCGUGGAACCAAAGGCAUUAGUUUCCUGCUGACCUCCAUGGUCUUUCACAUCAUCCCCACAGCCCUUGAAAUCUCUCUCGUCUCCGGCGUCCUCACCUACCAAUAUGGCUGGAAAUUCGCCGCCUUGACCGUAGGAACCAUGUCCGCAUACUCCUGGUUUACUAUCAGCACCACGGCCUGGCGUACCAAAUUCCGCAAACAAGCCAAUGCUGCGGACAACAAGGGUGCCACGGUCGCCGUGGACUCACUCAUCAAUUAUGAGGCGGUCAAGUAUUUCAACAACGAAGCUUACGAAGCCAAGAGGUAUGAUUCAGCUUUGAAGAACUACGAGGGAGCGAGUAUUAAAGUUGCCACGUCUCUCGCAUACCUCAAUUCGGGACAGAAUCUCAUCUUUUCCACGGCCUUGACGGGAAUGAUGUACAUGGCCGCCCAAGGAGUCGCGACGGGCAACCUCACAGUCGGAGAUCUGGUCAUGGUCAAUCAACUGGUCUUCCAACUCUCUGUCCCACUCAAUUUUCUGGGAAGCGUAUACCGCGAAUUGCGAMAAAGUCUCCUGGACAUGGAAACGCUCUUCAACCUCCAAAAAGAAAAUGUGGCAAUCAAAGAACUCCCCAACGCCAAACCCCUGAAUCUCUCUCGCGGAGGAGGAGAAAUCCGCUUCGAAAACGUAACUUUCGGUUACCGUCCCGACCGCCCAAUUCUCAAGAACUUGACCUUGACAAUCCCGGCCGGGAAGAAGAUCGCCAUUGUAGGACCUUCGGGGUGUGGAAAGAGCACUAUCCUCCGCCUCCUCUUCCGCUUCUAUGACGUGCAAGAAGGGAGAAUACUGAUCGAUGGUCAAGAUAUUCGGGACGUCAGUCUCGAGAGUCUGAGGAAGGCCAUUGGUGUCGUGCCGCAAGAUACACCUUUAUUCAACGACACAAUCGAACAUAAUAUUCGUUAUGGGAAGAUUGAAGCUAGUAGUGAGGAAGUCGUGGAAGCUGCGAAACGGGCCCGUGUCCACGACAUCAUAUCCUCCUUCCCUGAUGGCUACCAAACAAUGGUCGGCGAGCGCGGAAUGAUGAUCUCCGGAGGCGAAAAACAACGUCUCGCCAUCUCCAGACUCAUCCUCAAAGACCCUCCACUCUUGUUCUUUGACGAGGCGACGAGUGCGCUGGAUACCCAUACAGAACAAGCUUUGAUGGGCGAAAUCCGGGGGUUCCUGAAAUCGGGGAAGCGGACUAGUGUUUUUAUUGCGCAUCGUUUGAGGACGGUGUUGGAUAGUGAUGUUAUUGUGGUGUUGAAGGAUGGAGGGGUCGUGGAGAUGGGGAGCCAUGAGCAACUUGUGGAUUGCGGUGGGGUUUAUGGGGAGUUGUGGAGUGCGCAGGAGAUGGCCUUUGUCGAGGAGGGGAAAGAGGUGGUGGUGGAAGAGAAGGGAGAUGGGAAGAAGGAAAAGAGCUGA